AUGAGUGAAAAUGUUGAUGAAAAGAAUUUUGUCCUUGACUCAGUCUAUGAUACAAUGCGACAUAAUUAUGAGAUGAAAUUACAGCAGAAUUUAGACAGAUUGAAUCUCAUCAGUGAUAUAAGGAAUAAAAGAAACGUUAAUGAGCCAAUGAACCUGAAUCCAUUGAAAAGGAAAUCGGAAGAUUUCUAUAAAAACCAUCAAUACGAAAUUAACAGGAAAAAUCCUGUUAAUUUUCCAUUAGGCUUCAAAUCCCCACCAAUACUAUUGCCAAUAACGACUCCUUCGGAUCCACUGCAACAUCGAUCGGAUUAUGAGUAUGAAGAAUACCAUAAGUGCCACGAGAAGCCAACUGUUCAAACUUUUCACAUCGCCGCCGAUCAUGAUCAAGAAAAACAUAAUAUUCCCGGAAUAUCCACGGCAGAGUUGGGAUUUGACUGA